GGUUAUUGCCAAAGGUUUAUAACCAAUUAAAAACUUAUCAAACGGAGAUAACCUGAAGAGAGCAAAACAAGAAGCUGUGGAAAUGGAAAACUCUCUCCCUCUCCAUCUCUGUCACGUCCACAAGUUCUCUAUCAUCAUAAACAGGACAUAUACAUUCCUCCAUUGCAUAGCUAUAGCUUUCUUGAUUUACUACAGAGCUUCUUUUCUCUGCCAGGAAGCCAAAAUUAGAACCACACCCUUGUUACCGUGGCUUCUAGUCUUUGCCGGAGAGCUGGUUCUCUCCUUUAUGUGGCUCGUAGGACAAGCUUACCGUUGGCGUCCCGUCUAUCGAACUGUUUUUCCUGAGAGAUUACCAGAAGAUGAUAACAAGUUUCCGGCCAUUGAUGUGUUUAUUUGUACUGCGGAUCCAAAGAAGGAGCCCACCGUGGAGGUAAUGAAUACCGUUUUAUCAGCUAUGGCGCUUGAUUAUCCACCCGAGAAACUGCAUGUUUAUCUUUCAGACGAUGGAGGUGCUUCAAUAACUUUGACUGGCAUGAAGGAAGCUUUUAAGUUUGCAAGGUCUUGGCUUCCAUUUUGUAAGAAGUAUGGAAUCAAAACUAUUUGCCCAAAAGCUUAUUUUUCUAGCAGUGAAUAUCAGUAUGCUGAUUCUGGAAGGGCUGAGUUCAUGGAAGAAAUGCAAAAAAUUAAGGAAAAGUAUGAAGCGUUCAAGGAACGGGUAUUAAGAGCUGCAGAGAAGGGGCAGGCUGAGGACAAAAACGGUCAGAUCAGUACUGGAGCCCAUCCUUCUCUGAUCGAGGUAAUAAAUGAAAAGGGUAAUGAAGCAACAGAACAGGUUAAGAUGCCUCUUCUGGUUUAUGUUUCCCGUGAAAAAAGGCCUUCUCAUCCUCACCAUUUCAAGGCCGGAGCUCUGAACGUCCUUCUUCGAGUUUCUGGUGUGAUAAGCAACUCUCCUUAUAUGCUAGUGCUGGACUGUGACAUGUACUGCAAUGACCCAACUUCGGCUAGGCAAGCUAUGUGUUUUCAUUUUGAUCCCAAGAUCUCUCCCUCGCUAGCAUUCGUUCAAUUUCCUCAGACAUUUCAUAAUCUCAGUAAAAACGAUAUCUAUGACAGUGAGAUUCGAUCAAUAUUUCGGAUAUCAUGGUAUGGUUUGGAUGGACUAAAGGGACCAGUCUUGUCUGGUACAAAUUUUUAUAUUAAGAGGGAAGCACUCUAUGGCAUUUCUUUACAGAAAGGUUUGGAUCUCAUAGAGCUGAAGAAUUCUUUCGGUCAAUCCAACGAGUUCCUCAAAUCUCUUCGUGCAGACCACAAGUCUAGCAUUGAUGAUGGUAGUGAUUCUUCAAGUAAAUUGCUGCCAGAGACCAAAGUUUUAGCCUCCUGUGCUUAUGAAGAAAACUCAAAAUGGGGUGAAGAGGUAGGUUUUAUGUAUCAUUCUCUUGUUGAAGAUUACUUCACUGGAUUCAAAAGUUUGCACUGCAAGGGAUGGAAAUCAGUGUAUCUUAACCCAUCAAGGCCACAAUUUUUGGGUACUUCUACCACCAAUUUAAACGACUUGCUGACUCAAGGCACGAGAUGGGGCGCAGGAUUGGCUCAAGUUCUUAUUUCAAAGUUUAGUCCACUGAUAUAUGGGCCGCCCAGGAUGUCCUUACUGGCGAGCAUGGGCUAUGCAGAACUUGCAUCUUUCUCCAUUUACUUCUUCCCUCUCUGGUGUUUUGCCACUAUUCCUCAACUUUGCCUCCUCAAUGGCAUCUCUUUGUUCCCUGAGGUUUCGGACUCAAAAUUUUACAUAUUCUUAUUCAUCUUUCUAUCAUCAUUAUCUAAACAUUUAUACGAGGUUCUUAAAACGGGAGGAUCAAUCAGGAUAUGGAGAAAUGAACAAAGGAUAUGGAUGAUAAAAGGGGUUACAUGUUAUUUCUAUGGAACUUUAAAUGCCAUAAUGUCGAAGCUUGGAUUGUCAGAAGCUAGUUUUGUGCCCACCAACAAAGCUGAUGAUGAUGAACAAGCUAAGCGAUACCUCAUGGGCAGAUUUGAUUUCCAGACUUCAACCAUGUUCCUUGCUCCAUUGGUUACCUUGACUAUUUUGAACAUUGUAGCUUUCUUUUGGGGAGUUCUUAGAAUGAUUAUUACUGGAGAUUGGGAGAAGAUGUUUGCACAAGUUUUACUCUCGUUUUAUUUAUUGAUUAUGGGUUACGCAAUCAUUGAAGGGAUGUUUGUGAGGAAGGACACAGGCCGCAUUCCACCAUCUAUGACAAUAUUGUCUACUAUAUUAUCAGUAAUUUUCUUGUCUUUGGGAUCUAUUGUUUUAAUGUAUUGAGUGUCAUUUAUAAAAAAAAUGCAUUUCAAUUAUAUUGUCAUUUACAAUUAUAUGUAAACCCAUUGAUUGUUUAAGUAUUUGAUGAAAUUUGAGACUAUUGUUUCCUUAUAUGUCAAAAGCGAAUGCCGUCAAAUUAAAGAAUGUAUUUCAGCACAGAUUUAUUUAGA